CGAAGCGCAAUGUUGUUGUUAACGUUUAUUUUUGGUUUUUUGAUUUUGGUGCUGGUCGAUUGGUUCAGCCGAGCUGGUCGACUUAUGAGGAAGAUUCCUGGACCACCAUCAUGGCCAAUUAUUGGAAAUUGUUUACACUUUGCAGUGACACCAGUUAAAUUAUUUCCUGUAAUGCGUGCUUUCACGAAAAAAUACGGGCAUUUGUACCAGAUCCACGGACUGAACUCUCGCUUCGUGAACAUCUCUAGCCCUGAGGACAUCGAGAAAAUAAUGUCGUCGCCACAAUACAACUUCAAAAAGAUGCCUUAUUCUUUUAUUGUUCCGUGGCUUGGAGAUGGAUUGUUAGUAAGCAAUUCUAGUAAGUGGCAACACCGCAGAAAGUUGCUUACUAAAGCGUUCCAUUUCAACAUUUUGAAGAAAUUCACGGAGACAUUCAAAAGUAGCGCGACAAGCUUUCUGAAACGUGUGGAUCAAGAGAGCUUGAAAGAGAAAACAGACGUUCUGGCUUUUAUAUCUCCUACGGCGUUACGUAUUAUGUGCGAGACAGCGAUGGGUCUUACAAUGGUCGAAGAUUCUCCCGCCAUGAAGAAAUACUUCGACGCCAUUUUUAAAAUUGGAGAAUGUUUUGCAGUGAGAGUGUCCAAACUCUGGUUACACAAUGAAGUCUUUUUCAAUAAUUCAGACGUUGGAAAGAAUCAAAAAAAGUUGUUGGUCGAUUUACAUGAGUUUACCACAAACGUGAUAAACGAUAGAAGAAAGACAUUGGACAACACGGAUGCCAAAUAUGAAAACAAUAACGAUGAAACGUAUGACGUAAGCCAUAAAUUGGCCAUGUUGGACUUGUUGCUUGAAAAUGAAAAAAUGGGUCUAAUAACAAGUGAAGGUAUUAGAGAAGAGGUUGACACUUUUAUGUUUGAGGGUUUUGAUACAACUUCUUUGACGCUGACUUAUAUGAUUUUGGCACUGGCAAAUGAACCUGAGGUGCAAGACAAAAUACAUGAAGAAAUGCAAAGGAUUUUCGGAGAUUCAGAACGCAUGCCGACUGUAGAAGAAUUAAAUGAAAUGAAAUAUUUUGAUAAUUGUAUCAAAGAGGUCAUGAGGCUGUACCCCGCCGCGCCCCUCAUUGUCAGACAUCUCUUAAACGAUACAGAAUUAAGUGGUUACACCGUGCCAGGCGGUACGGACUGCUUCAUCCAUAUCUACGACAUGCACCGUCGAGCGGAUCUGUACCCGGACCCGACCCGGUUCGACCCGGACCGGUUCCUGCCGGAAAACAACACCAACCGCAACCCUUACACCUACGUACCGUUUAGUGCUGGCCAGAGAAAUUGUAUCGGGCAAAAAUUCGCAAUGCUGGAAUUGAAGAUCCUAAUGUCAAGUUUACUUAGAAAAUACCAUUUAGACCCAGUCACUAAGAUAUCCGAUGUUAUAUUCAAAUUCGACAUAGUAUUACGUACUCAAUAUCCAAUAUAUGUUAAGUUCCGUCCAAGAAAAUAAAUUUAAAAAAAAAAUUUUUUU